AUGAUGUCUGAUCGGCACCAUCCAAUCUGUCGGACCCACUGCCCCAUCACGCUGGUUCUGUUGGCGGUGCUGGUCCUGCAGACACUGGACCGAGUCCAUUGCGCCCCCUCGGGCCCCGAGUCGGACACCUGUUCCACGCAGGUCCAGAACCGCUUCUUUGGGUUCUUCAACUCCUCGGCCGUGUUCCCCACUGCGCCCUGCUCCUGGACCCUGCAGAACCCGGACCCGCGCCGCUACACCGUCUUCCUCAAGGUGAGCAAGCCGCGCUCGGACUGCGCCCCUCGCCAGGUGCGCGCCUUCCAGUUCGACUCCUUCCUGGAGGCCACGCGCACUUACCUGGGCACGGAGAGCUUCGACGACGUGCUGCGGCUCUGCGACCAGUCGGCGCCCGUCGCCUAUCUGGAGGCGGGCAAGCAGUACGUGCAGAUCCGCAAGAACCUGCCGCCGCGGCCCGGCGCGCGCUCGGGCGACGGGCGCUUCAAGGUGGAGUACCUGGUGGUGGGCAAGAGGAACCCCAGCAUGGCGGCGUGCCAGAUGCUCUGCCAGUGGCUGGAGGACUGCCUGACGUUCAGCACCUCCAGCCACCCCUGCGGCAUCAUGCAGACGCCAUGCCAGUGCACGGACGCCAGCAUUUACCACGCUGGAGGAGGAGGAGCAGGAGGAGGAGGAGGAGGGAGCAAGGAGGGCAAGGAGGCCCAGCCAGGUGGCCUUGGACAGGGCCAAGGUGGAGCAGGAGCUGGGGGCUGCUACCGCGGAGGGGUCUACCUGGAGAACUGCAUCGCUGGGGAGAAAGAGGCGGCGGCAAAUGCUGAGAUCAGCUUGGGUGGUUGGAGUGGCUGGGGCGCCUGGGGGGAGUGCAGCAGUGAGUGUGGGGGCGGUGUGCAGACUCGCACCCGCUCCUGCCUCUCGCCUCCCGAGGACGCUUUCUUCUGCGACGGGGCCCUGGAGGAGGGGCGGCCCUGCAACGCACAGCCCUGCACAGGCAAGGGGCGUGGCAGCUCUCGCAGCCAAUCGCUGCGCUCCAUGGACAGCCGCAAACGCGACGAGUCCGACAAGACGCGCGGCGGCGGACAGUCCCCCCAGACAGAGUCGGGGCCGGCUGGCGACGAGUGGUCGUCGUGGAGCGUGUGCUCAAGCUCCUGUGGUGAGGGCUGGCAGAGUCGCACGCGCUUCUGCGUCUCCUCGUCCUACAGCACGCAGUGCAACGGCCCGCUUCGCGAACAGAGGCCCUGCAACAACUCUGCCGUGUGUCCAGUGGAUGGCGUAUGGGACGAGUGGACGCCGUGGAGUUUGUGUUCGUCCACGUGUGGGCGUGGCGAGCGCAUACGUACCCGCUCCUGCAAGCCACCGCAGUUUGGUGGAGAACCCUGCAACGGACCAGAGAGGCAGAUGAAGUUCUGCAACAUCGCUGUCUGUCCAGUGGAUGGAGUGUGGAACACCUGGUCCAACUGGAGCGCCUACUCCGUCUCCUGCUCCAACGGGACGCGGCAGCGCCUGCGCGAGUGCAGCGGGCCCUCGUACGGCGGCUCGGAGUGCCGGGGCGAGUGGGUGGAGUACGCCGGCUGCAACCAGGGCGAGUGCCCCGUGGCGGGCACCUGGCAGCCCUGGAGCUCGUGGGACCCCUGCACCAAGACGUGCGGCGGGGGCUCCCAGAAGAGACAGCGCGUCUGCAAGGGGCCCUUCUUCGGCGGUGAGCAGUGUCCCGGGGAACGGGAGGAGGUGCAGAGCUGCAACGAGAAGAGGUGCCCAGAGCCUCAUGAGAUCUGCGAUGAGGAAAACUUCUCCAACGUGGUGUGGAAGAGGACAGUGGCAGGAGACACGGCAGCUGUACGCUGCCCACCCAACGCCAACGGCUUGAUCUUGCGCCGCUGUUCCCUGGAUGAGGAGGGCAUUGCCUAUUGGGAGAGCCCUAGCUACAUGAAGUGUGUGUCCAACGACUACCGCAGCAUCCAGACACUGACUCGCGAGCACCUGUCCAAGGCGCAGCGCGGCCUUGUGGGCGACGGCGUCUCGGAGGUGAUGACCAAGCUCCGGGUGACGUCGAGCGAUGGGACGAGCUACAGCGGAGACCUCCUGGCCAUCGUGGACGUGCUGAAGAACAUGACGGAGAUCUUCAGGAGGGUCCAGUACAGCCCCAGCAGCCUGGACAUGAGGAACUUUGUGCAGUCUGUGAGUAAUCUACUGAUGGAGGAGAAUAGAGACAAAUGGGAGGAGGCGCAGCUGUUUGGGCCAAACAUAAAGGAGCUGUUUCGGCUGGUGGAGGACUUUGUGGACGUGGUCAGCUUCAGGAUGAAAGACUUCCAGGACACCUAUGAGAUCACAGAGAACUUAGUGUUGAGCAUCCACAAGCGUCCGGUGGUGGGCACGGCAGACAUCACCUUCCCCGCUAAGGGCUGGCGGAACAUGGUGGAGUGGGCGCGCAACUCGGAUGACCGCGUCACCAUACCAAAGGACGUGCUGGCCACUGGUAAACCAGAUGACACAUCAACGUUCGUGGCUGGAAUCGUUCUUUACAGGAACCUGGGGAGCAUCCUAUCUCUUCAGAGAAACAGCACUGUGCUCAACUCCAAAGUGGUGUCCGUGACGAUCAAGCCGACUCCCGGUCCCCUUUCCACACCUGUUGAGAUUGAAUUCUCACACCUCUACAACAACACCAUAAACCAGACCUGCAUCGCCUGGGAUGACAAUGACAUCUCGUCCCUACUCGGCUCCUGGUCUACCCGAAGCUGCAGAGCCUUGCCUGUCAACUCCUACCGUACCAAAUGCGUCUGUGACAGACUGUCCACCUUCGCCAUUUUAGCACGGCUUAAUCCCGAUAUGAACAUGGAUAAGUCGUCGAUGCCGUCGGUGACGUUGAUAGUGGGAUGCGGAGUGUCCUCUCUGACUCUGCUGCUCCUCAUCAUCAUCUACGUGUCAGUGUGGAGGUACAUCCGCUCCGAGCGCUCCGUUAUCCUCAUCAACUUCUGCCUGUCCAUCAUUUCCUCCAACGCACUCAUACUCAUCGGACAGACGCAGACCAGGAACAAGGUGGUGUGUCCCCUGGUGGCGGCGUUCCUCCACUUCUUCUUCCUCUCCUCCUUCUGCUGGGUGCUGACUGAGGCCUGGCAGUCCUACAUGGCCGUCACCGGCCGCCUGCGCAAUCGCAUCAUACGCAAGAGAUUCCUCUGCCUCGGCUGGGGUUUGCCUGCGUUGGUUGUGGCCAUCUCUGUGGGGUUCACCAAAGCCAAGGGAUAUGGAACAGUCAACUACUGUUGGUUGUCGUUGGAAGGGGGUCUCCUCUACGCCUUCGUGGGGCCAGCAGCUGCGGUGGUCUUGGUUAACAUGGUUAUCGGGAUUCUCGUGUUUAACAAACUGGUGUCCAAAGACGGCAUAACCGAUCUGAAACUGAAGGAGAGGGCGGGUCAGAUGACAGUGCCACUGUACAAUAUGACGCUCAAAUGUGCCAAGUGCGGCGUGAUAUCGUCGCCUGAUGUGUCCUCCACCGCUACCAGUAACGCCAUGGCGUCGCUGUGGAGCUCGUGUGUGGUACUGCCACUGCUGGCUCUGACUUGGAUGUCUGCCGUGUUGGCCAUCACCGAUCGCCGCUCCGCACUCUUCCAGAUCCUCUUCGCUGUCUUCGACUCUCUCGAGGGCUUUGUCAUUGUCAUGGUGCACUGCAUACUGCGCAGAGAGGUUCAGGAGGCGGUGAAGUGUCGAGUUGUGGACCGGCAGGAGGAUGGUAACGGAGACUCUGGCGGCUCGUUCCAGAAUGGACACGCUCAGCUCAUGACGGACUUUGAGAAGGAUGUGGACAUUGCCUGCAGACCAGGCACCCUGAAGCGCUCGUCCCUGCAGGGUGAGGAGAAGGCAUCGUCAGGCGGUGGCCUGUCUUCUCUCCAGAAGGGCUCCAACUUCAACACACUGCCCGCCAGCAUGGCCAAGGUGCACCUGCAGAACAUGGCGGACUACUCCAGCCACACGUUGACCCUGAGGCGCGAUAAGGGUGGCGGUGGCAGCGGGGCCCCCACCCUGGCGGGGGUCAGCACGGAGCUGCCCGGGGCCAAGUCCAUCUACAUCUGCGGAGACGGGGAGAUCUUCAAGCAGCUCGAUGCAGACCUGACCCGAGGGGGACCUGGCGGCAGCGGACUGGACAGUGGUCCAGACAGCUCAAACCAAGGCUACAUGAUCCUGCCCACCAACAACAACAACACCGGCACGCUGAGGCCCAGCAAAGGUGGCAAGGCCCAGGACGACCCGGCAAAGUACAGCCUUAAUAUCGAGCAGCUGCCCCAGACCAGGCUCAUCCACCUGGCCAACCCACCCGGCUCCGAGCCCAUCCCAGGCUUUGGGCUCAAGACGCUCCCGUCCGAGAGGGUCAGUGUGUCGUGCGCACCCGAACGCGAUUCUCCCGGCCACUCGGCGGGCCAGAACGACCAGUCUCAAGUCAAUCACAGCAUGACGGAGACCGGGGAUACUAUGGGGACGGGCGUGAUGACCAAGAGCGAAACGGUGUCCACACUAUCCAUGAGCUCUUUGGAGAGACGGAAGUCACGCUAUGCUGAGCUGGACUUUGAGAAAAUCAUGCACACACGCAAGCGGCACCAGGACAUGUUCCAGGAGCUGAGCAGGAGGCCGGCACACGCAGAUAGAGAGCCCCCUGGUGGCGACUCCAAGGCGGGCAAGAGGUGGAGCGUGUCCUCGGGAGGCAGUGACAAAACCAACAUGAGCGACAAGCAGCAGACCCCCAGUAAGCGCGUAGGGUGGAAGCCGCACUCUCCCCCGUCGUGGGUGCGUACGGAGCUGGAGCCGCUGGCCGCCUCGCCCCUGGAGCUGCAGACCGUUGAGUGGGAGAAGGUCAGCGCCACCAUUCCCCUGGUGGGACAGGAGCUCAUGGACCUGCAGACAGAGGUGUGA